AUCUAAAAGAUUACUUUAAGAUUUAUCCAACCGCUUAAAAAAGUAAAAUUAUGCAAAAUUGCAAAUUUUCCCCUUACUGAUACCUUAAUUACAACAGUCUUUCUAGACGGUUUGUAUGACGCUGAGACGUCAAUCUAAACCACGUGAACAAAAACUUCAGUACUUCAACCUCGAUCUCAGGCGAUUCGGUCUGUCCUCUCGAUUUUCCUCCUGCGCAAUUGUUUACUUCGUUGUUCUUGCAGAUUGAUCGUAUUGCUGACUGAAGUGUGCAGGACGUUCAAGAUUUCCGCCGCAGUUUCAAGCGUUGUUAACAACAAACUGAAGCCCACAAUAUGGCGGCACUUAUUGGGGAAAGAGUUGGAAUAAAAAACGCGGGGACCAAGGUUACAGUGCCAGGAAGUCCAACAGCCAAACUGAUGUACUACCUUGACUGUGUGGCAAUUGUUAUUCGGCUUGACGAUCCUAACCUCAACAGGCUGAGGAACUAUAUGGGUUACCAUUUAUUGAAUGACACAGAAAUCGACGCCUUGUUGGCACUGGUGCUACUUCUCAGCCCAGAUCAGCUGAUUGGCAAAGUAUUCUUCCCCAGCGAAGACUGUGGGGGAAGCAGAAAUAAGUUCAUUGAGUUGAGUUCAGUCACUCACAUGCUGGCUGUGUCAGACAACGUUCUAAUUGGAGGAGAAAGGAAGAGAGUAGCUAAGAUCAUGUUCUUUAAGAGAUGCUGGCUGGAAGACAACUACAUUUCACCGUUGAGGGUAUUUGAGGGUCGUCUGCAAAGGCUGGCACGCGGUCUACCAGGCAGAGCGGUACCGUCUACGACCAGAGCAUUGCCUUCCCCGAGAUCUAGCUCUACUCCAGCCAGACCUGACGCUGACUCUCCUACUUGUUCAUGUGAAUGCAACUGUAAUAUUUUGUAGCGAAGUGAAUUUGAUGUCAGACUGCAAUCUCAGCAGAAACGACUGAAGUCGAACGCAUACAUAGAUGAUUUUUAAUUUCCCUGACAGAAAUUCCUGAGUUGUAUUGAUAGUUUUGUUUAGUUUGUAUUCGGUACAUAAUUACUGAAUAGUAAUAGUUUUAAGGAAUGAACGCAGUUAAAAAAACAGCAGUGAAAGCAGAAACCACUGAAGUCUUCUAAGACUAUUACUUGCACGAACGCAGAAAGAGAUGUUAAAUAGUUUCCAUAACGGAUUAAUGGGCUGUAUUUUCUAUACUAAUUCAGUGCAUAAUUACUGGUUAACAAUAUUUUGUAGUAAUCAUCGCAGUUUAAUGUUCGUUAGAGAGCAAUCACUGCAAAAACGACUAAGGUCCACUAAGAAUGUCACUUGAACAAACGUAUACAUGGCUAUUUGAUAGUUUAAUUCCAUAACGGAUUACUGGGUUGUAUCUUCAAUACUUAAUGUUCAGUACAUAAUAACUGGAUAACAAUAUUUAGUGAUGAUCAGCGAAGAACUGAGGCAGUUUGAUGUUACACAGCAGUCGUAGCAAAGACCACGGAAGAAAUACAUAAGGUAACUGAUGUUUGUAUAACCGAUUACCGGGUUGUAUUUUGUGAAUUUGGUUCUUAAUUAGGGGCAUAGAAAGCAAUAUUUUAAAAUAAUCAAGCAGUUAAUGCAGACAGCAGUUACGGCGGACACAACUGAGGUCCAUUUAGCGUGUUAUUACUAGCAGCAACGCAUACAUAAAAGAUGAUAUCAAUCAGAAAUACUCUAAGUAAACUUCAGUUACUUGUGCUGUGACUGCUUUCUGACAUAUAACUGCGCUGAAUAUUACAAAACAGGACAAAUUAGCAGUUAUGUACUUACGAAAAACUACAGAAAAUACAACCAAGUCAAUCCGUUAUGGAAACUAACACCGGAACGCAUACUUUGAUAGUCUCCCUGAUGAAAUCACUGGGCUCCGCAAUAUUUCAUUUCUGUCAUUUUGUAUUCAGUAUAUAAUUGCUAAAUCGUAGUAUUUUCUAGCAUUCAAAGUAGCCUUAUUUGAUGUUGACUAUACACAUUUCGUUAGUUAACUAACAGAUCCACAGAAAAUGAUUUGGUAGUAUUUUGAAUGGUAGUAUUUUCUAGCAUUCAAAGCAACCUUCUUUGAAGUCGAUGAUACAGAUUUCGUUAGUUAACUAACAGAUCCAUAGAAAGUGAUUUGGUAGCCAUUAACAGACUCGAGGUAAGCUAUUGUAAUCACUUUGGCCCGCUCUCCAAAUCACUGGAAUGUUAUUAAAGUAGCUGUAUUCAGUAAUUACUGGAUUGCAGAUGA